GGAACCCGUCCUGGAAGGAUCCAACCUGAGCUUUGAAAACAAAAUGUGACGUGGCUAAUCCUUGUGGACAAAAAGAGCAAGAAAACCCGAACCUUUACACCGUUUACUGGAAAUGUAACGGGUGUUUCACAUCAAAAUACUGUGGCUCAAACCGAAAAUAUCGCUCUUGGUGUUAAUUUUGUACAGGAAACUGCUGGCAGAUUGAGGCUGUGACGUUAAAGUGCUAGCAUCAAGACUUUGACAGUUGAGCAGGAGGAAAGGCAUGUACUGAGAUACUGGACAAGAUGUCAGACAGCGAAGCUUCUUGUACGGCAGCUGAGGGUUCAGAGGCAGCGGCGGAGGCGCAGGGUGCUUCUUCUCCUGCUGCGUCGCCCGACAUCUCCACACCGUCCACGCCCGACAACUCGACUGAUGUCGCCCCAACGAGGAAAACAAGGAGGAGACCAGAGCCCAAGCCUGCGGCUCAAGCUGAAGUUGAAGAGAAGCCAAAAGUGGAAGAGCAGCCAGCGAAGCCAGCCAGUGAGUCCACCGUGUCCCAGGGUGGGUGGGGUUACUGGGGCAGCUGGGGCAAAUCCAUCUUGUCCUCGGCGACAGCUACAGUGGCGACCGUCGGCCAAGGCCUCACUCAGGUUAUAGAGAAGGCCGAGACCUCGCUGGGAAUCCCGAGCCCGACCGAACUGUCAGCGCAGGUGGAGGAAGAACAGAAUCAGCAGGAUUCCCACCCCGCGGGUGAAGCCGGCAGUGACGCGGACAAAGAAGUGAGAGAUGGCUCGUCAGCUGUGGGAAGCGCGAUGGGAAUGUUGUCAUCGCUCACCAGCGUCGUGCAGAACACAGGUAAGACGGUGAUAACGGGCGGCCUGGAUGCUCUGGAGUUCAUCGGGAAGAAGACGAUGGACGUGAUAGCGGAAGGUGAUCCCGGCUUUAAGAAGACCAAAGGACUGAUGGCCAGGAACUCCACUCUGUCUCAGGUUUUACGGGAGGCGAAGGAGCGAGAGGAGCUGCAGACGGCCGAGCAAAAUUCAUCAGUUUCAGAGAAGAAGGUGGUGGCCCACUACGGGAUGCUGUUUGAUGAGUUCCAGGGUCUGUCUCACCUCGAAGCUCUGGAGAUUCUGUCUCGAGAGAGCGAGUCUAAGGUGAAGUCGGUUCUGACCACUCUGUCGGGAGAUGAGCUGGUUCAGCUCAGAGAGGAGCUGGAUCGCAUCCAAGACUCUUUCUCGCUGGUGGAGUUUGACGACGAGGAGGUUGACGAGAAGAAAGAUGAAGACGGUUCGGAGUUUGAGAAGGAGUUGACGGAAGCCAUGGAGGGCCUCAGUGUUUCUGCCACAGCCGACAAACUCAGCAAGGCCUGUAAGAGCGCCUGCAGCCAGAUCACUGACAUGUCCAAACCGGAGGAGCAGGAGGAGGAGGAGGAAGGGAGGGAGGAGGAUGCGAAGAAAACACGCUCUGUAGAGGAGGUUCACGCUGCAGCGAUCAGGAGUCUGGCCGAGCUGACCGCUCGGUCCAUCGAGCUGUUCCACAAACUGGCUGAGAUGAUCCUCUUCUCCAACGGCGGCACGGAGCCCGGCGUUCUGUCCCAGCUAACUGUUGUCCUGUGUAAAGAAAUCUCUCUACUCUCCAAGAAGUUCACCUCUUGCUUAACAGCAGUCGGGUCGAACGAGAAGGGAGAUGUCCUCAACCCGCUGAUAACAGGAGUCUUUUUAGAGGCGUCAAACAGUGCGUCUUACAUCCAGGAUGCUUUCCAGCUCCUCAUGCCGAUCCUGGAGGUGUCUCACAUCCAGAGGAGAGCUGAGUCCACGGAGCAGUGACCGGCUGACGUCGCCUCUGCCGCCCCCGAAACGCUGCCGCGACCCUGGGACUCUCAGCAGAGAAACCGACACUUCGUCCAAACCUUUUAGGAACGGUCUGCGUCAGCUUUAACUACGUGGGAGGCAACGGUGGUUCUCCUUAAACAGUGUUAACUUCAUGUGCAUUGCUGGUUUGUUUGUAAAACUCAGUCAGUGGACUUAACGGAGUACAGAAGGAGGAGGAGGAGGAGGAGGUCUGGAUUUACAAGCUCCAAUCUGAAGAGAACAAAAUGGAUUUAUAAUAACGAUCAGGGAGCAACAUAUUGUUUUUGUUGUUUUUUUUGAUCCAACUAUUACACUAAGUUCUACUUCAGGCGCUUAACCUUAAGUCUUAAAUUUGCCUCAACUUGUAAUUAGCUUUAAUAAAAAUCAUACAGAACACACCCGAGGUAAUUUUUUUAAAAAGGGACACAACAAAAUAAUUUGAAAGCCGCCAGCACUCGGAUUAUUAUUUCAGUUUCUUCGAUUGAAGGUUUGUUCCGUGGUUUCAAUUUUUCUUUAGUGCUUAUUUUCUUUUUUUUUCUUUUUUUUUGAAACCUGUCAAGUCAUGAAAUAGCUGAAUAAACUCACAGUAUGAACGUUUACAAACAAAACUAUUUCUAAAGUUAAAAAAUUAGUGUUCAGUAGUUUAAACCUACCUUCAGUCUGCCAUUUCAUUUAACCUCAGGUGUUCAUCUCACGGAGAGGCUCCUCCCGGCUAUGAGGAAAGAGGAAUGCUAACGGCUGUGUGUUGUGGGCAUAUAAAAUUAUCUCUUCUUUUUGUUCUUUGCAUUAUAGAGCAAUAUACUAUACUGUAUGCCAGGUAAUUUGAAAUUGUUUUCCAAUAAAUGUGCUUUCUUAUAA